AUGCCAAGGGGAAUACCCAACGCGAAAAAAGAUGACUCUGGUAUGCGGUACACAUCCAUGCAUGUGCCCCUGGCGCCAAACCCUAAGCAUGUGGGCACUUCUUACUUGAAAUCGGAGACACAGACCAUUUGGUCGCGUAAUGCAGCACGAAAGAAAGAAUUGAUGGCAGAGGAAACUGCUCCUUCAUCAGAACAGCGGCGUGGCUCUCACGUUAUUGUUAUCCACCCUGGAUCGCGUUUUCUAAGAAUCGGCAAGGCGUCGGAUGUCACACCUGCGUCCAUCCCAAAUGUUAUUGCGCGUAGGCACAAGCCACCGGUGCCAGUUCCGACAUACGUCGAAGGUAUUUCCCGUCCGAGAAAAGGGCAAGUGCCACAGCUAUCCGUGUCUGCGAGUCCCGACGGAGACGAAUAUGCGGUCGAUAUCACUUCAGAUGAUCCUUUUGAUGCCAAAAUGGGGUCAAUUAUUGUUUCUCUUCGCGAGCGGAUGAGGUUCUACAAACUCCGCGUCACAUGUAACGCUGCAAGGGUCGCGUCGACCUUUAACGAGCAAUUCAAACCUGAAAUCAUCCCGGAAGUUAAUGACCCGUUCCUUGUCGACUGGAUCCAGGACCCCUUAGAAGAUUCAGAAGUUUUAGUUGGCGAACGAGCACUCCGGUUGUCCGAUCCUCAACUCUUGAAUUAUUCAGUGAAGUGGCCGAUCCAUGGAAAGAACUUCAACACCAGGGAUUAUCCGUCACACCAAAUGAUACUGGAUGACAUUGAAACUAUUAUCAGCACUGUACUGAGUGAGAGGUUCAACGUAAGACGGCCUGAUUACAAGGACUAUUCUGUCGUUCUUGUUAUCCCAGACUUCUAUGAUCGGGCAUACGUCCGCGAAUUCGUCAACAUUCUUUUAGUUUCAUUAGGCUUCAAGCAAAUAUGCGUGCAGCAGCAGGAGUCAUUGGCGGCAACCUACGGCGCUGGAAUCAGUAAUGCGUGUGUUGUCGACAUUGGCGCUGUUAACUCCAGCAUAGCAUGUGUAGAUGAAGGUCUUGUUAUUCCUGAUUCGAGAAUCACACUCAACAUGGGCGGAGAUGAUAUUACUGAGUUCUUGUAUGUCCUCUUGGAACGAAUAAGUUUUCCCUAUCGCGAUAUCAAUCUCGCGCGAUGGUAUGACUGGGCCGUCAUGGAGGAUUUGAAAGCACGGCUAUGCACACUGGCGGAAGGUGAUGUUGCCCUCAAUCUGUAUGACUUUGUAGUGCGCAAGCCUGGUAAACCCACGGAAAAAUAUGGCUUACGAGCAUAUGACGAGAUCAUACUUGCGCCGAUGUGCAUAUUCGAGCCCCGUGUGAUAGAGUUCGACAGGAAGCACAUUGGUCUGCGCUUCAUACCCCAUCCGGACGUCACUGAAGAAAUUAUAGAGCAUCCGGUGGACCAUGUCACUCAAGCGAUGAUCAUCUCAACGCAACAUCUACUUCCACCGCCUUCUACAGUGCCGACGGAUGUUCGCCAUUCUCCGAUUCCCAUCAGUCAGUCGCAGGACGAGAAUGGCGGAAAACAAGAACAGCAGGAGGUAUCACUGCCAUCAACUGCGCAUGCAACACCACCUCCGGCUGUAGAAUCUUUUCCACAAUCCACUGUAGGAGCAUCGGGGGGAGUUCCUGCUGAUGCUCCAAUGGAUGUAAUUGAUGUAGAGGGCGACGUCAAACCAUCUCCUAUCCCUGUUCUUCCUCAGCCGCAACCUUCUCAGUCUUCCGUACCAGUUUCCUCGAAUUACAGUGGUCUCGGUAUCGAUGUCUGCUUCGAAGCAAGUAAACUUCCUCUCGAUGUUGCUAUCUUCAACAGUGCUCGGGCAUCCGGGGGUGAUGAUAAAAUUCGCAAGCACCUCCAGGCUGUUCUGGUCAUCGGGGGAAGCGCUUUGAUACCUGGAAUGGCUCAUGCAUUGGAGAGCAGGCUCCAGGCAAUCGCCACUCCAUUGGUCCCCAGCAUGGACAAGGUACAAAUUAUCCCCCCUCCAAAAGAGGUCGACCCUCGUGUACUGGCUUGGAAGGGUGCCGCGGUUCUUGGCAAAAUGGAUUCCGUCGCUGAUAUUUGGUUAACGCCCGCAGAUUGGGAUGUUCUAGGUAUGCGCGGGUUGAGAGAGCGUUGUUUCUACCUGUAG